GGGGAGGGAACAUCAUGGUCGCCAUUUGUGGAGUCUGCGCCAGCACUGUCGUCGCUGUAGUAGAGGAGCGUCCCUGUCUCUGCGAGCUGCCGCCAUCGAAGCUUCUACUUCUGCUUUGCUGCUUCUGCUGUCACGCCAUCGUCCCUCUAGAUAUCGCUACUUCUGAAUCCCCUGUCACUAGUUCUCUGCUUCUGAAUCUCCUGUCACUGGUUCUCUGCCUCCUCAUUGUGGCUCAACCUCUGUUUAGGCCAGCGUGGAAGGAAGCUUGUGCUACUCUUCAAAAGCUCCUUUCAGGUAGGUUCUUUCAACCAAAGCACUCUAGCUUCUCAAGCAAAGAACAUGCCUUUGCUCAUUGGGUUCAAGUUAUAACUUUUAUAGCAUGAAGUAUAUACUGUCUUUAAAUUCGCCAGACAAGUUUUUUAUGUGGAGCAGUUACCAUUAAAGCCAAGAGAGUCCACUCAAGCUGGGUUACCACACCAACUUUGUUGAAGAAAAAUGAAGAAAUUGUCACCCUUAGGCUAUAGUAUUUUUGUAUUUUGAAAAAUGAUGAUGAUAUAAGUGUAAGUAGUUAUCACCUAGACUAGUAUUAUGUUAUUUUGCAAUGAUGAUAUAUUGUGAUUGUGGAUCUUAUAACAAUUUUUAUAAGUCAAAUUUGUUGGUAAAUGUUCAAUUAGUUUUCUUUAGUAA